AUGAGUGCAUGUCUAUUGGUCUUGCUGGUUGUACUCUGGAGCCUCAAUAAAAUUGGUCGUCGACCGAAAAACUACCCACCGGGUCCCCCGACCCUCCCUCUUAUCGGCAAUCUGCACCAAAUACCGAGAGAGAAGCGCCACCUACAAUUUGAAAAAUGGGCUCGAGAGUAUGGGCCGAUUUACUCACUCAUGCUGGGGACCAAAGUCAUGAUUGUCCUCAACUCGGACCAGGCGAUCAAGGAUCUAGUAGAUAAGCGCGGCGCCAUCUAUUCAUCGAGACCCGAGUCCUAUAUCGGGCAAGAUAUUCUCAGCGGCGGCCUGCGAGUCUUGUUCAUGCCGAAUAAUGGAGUUUGGAAAAUGGCCCGGAAGUUUGUCCACCGAAUUCUUGGUGUGACGGCAGCACGAACAUACGUUCCAUAUCAAGACCUCGAAAAUAAGGCCAUGCUACUUGGCUUUUUGGAGAACCCCGGUGAUUUCAUCGACCAUUUGCGUCGCUAUACGGCUUCGUUGACUACUCAGAUGACGUUCGGCUUUCGUGUCACGAGCAUACAGGACGAACGGUUUCAGGAGGCCUUCAGUAUAUUCGACCGGAGCUCCGAGUUGAUUGGGUCACGGACUGCUGCGCUUUUGGACCUGAUCCCCAUUUUGAGACGGCUGCCAGACCAGGUCCUUCCCAUCAAAAGUGAGGGUAGAAAAAUACAUGAAAAGGAGCUGGCACUAUUUCGACGGCACUACCUAAGUACUAGACAAGGGCUACAUGAUGGCACGGCCAAGCCCUGCGUGUGUGUAGACCUCGUCAAGAUGCAGAAGAACGAAGGAUUUUCCGAUGACCUCGCCGCAUAUAUCAGCGGUUCGGUAUUACAAGCUGGAUCCGAAACAACAGCUGCUAUUUUGGUAGGAUUCGUCCAGGCAAUGGUUAUAUUUCCCGAGGUUGCGAAGACGGCCCAAAUCGAGCUCGAUCGCGUUUGUGGAAACCGGUUGCCCGAUCUGAACGACGUACCCGACUUACCAUACAUCCGGGCUUGCGCCAAAGAAGCGUUGCGUUGGAUGCCCGGGUUUAUGAUGGGUGUACCACACGCCGUUACUCAAGAUGAUACAUAUCUGGGCUAUCACAUCCCUAAAGGCGCAACAGUUAUACUUAAUGUCUGGGCUGUACACAAUGACCCCACCAGGCAUGGUUCUGCCCGACAAUUUGAUCCCAUGCGUUAUAUAGACGACCACCAGACAUCUAUCGAUGCAGCAAAUAACCCGGAUCCCACCCAGCGAGACCACUUCGUGUUCGGGGCAGGCAGACGCAGAUGUCAAGGCAUGCAUAUUGCGGAUCGUUCACUGUUCUUGGCGAUCUCUCGCCUGCUCUGGGCAUUUGACUUCCAAAGGGCCAUGAACACUGAUACUCCAUCCCCCCAAGAAAUCAUUCCGGAUAUGAACGACUUGGCAGAAGGCAUAAUGAUGCUUCCCAAGCCAUUUCCGGCGAAUAUAGCUCCCAGGAGUGCCUACAAAGCCCAGGCCGUCCAGGAAGAAUGGAGAGAAGCGUCGAGAUUGCUUGAUGAACAGGGUCAGUGGAAGACAGUUCCAGAAGGUUUGAUUUGGAAGGACGAGCAGCUUUCGGAGUGAUCGGACAAGCUUCAAAGCUCGUUUAUUGGUACUGGAUUAGCACUGUUUACUAGAUAGCACAAAUGCCGAAAAAUCAAUUAUGAGUCAGCCGAAAGAGAGGACCGCGUUAAAGUCUAGUCAGCU